GAGGGGUCUAAGCCAACCUGUCUGAGACAGCGGUCGCGGUGGAUGUAAGAACACGAAGAAGUCAAGGCUGACGUAAUAGAGAUUAUAAAAGGGGGUUGAUGACGGACCGCACACAUCAGUGUAAUUAUUCUGUUCAGACCGCCAGGGUCCAACGUUUUGUGAGGUUUCGACAAUGGGAACAACGAUGGUGAAGUUCGCAUCUAAAAACGCUAUACAAAUUUUAUUUUUCAUUUUUCUAUUGAAUAAAGUGAACUGUGUGAGACCAUUAGGCAGGCAAGGACUGUCUCCGUUACAAGAAGCACCACAGUAUCGUUUCCAUUACUUCGUUCAAGAUGAUAACCUAGGUCACGGUGGCGGCACUCACAAGACUCAUGAUGAACACAAGAAUGCCGCUAUUGUUACAUCAACACCAGUUGUACAAAAUGGUCCAGUUUACAAUGCACAGACUGAAUCACAAACCCCCAUAGUGGUAGAAUCAACGGUUCCUCAAAUUCAGCAAAAGUCGUCUAAAUCUAUAGAAUCUGAAUCGAAUGAUGAGAGUAAUAAAACUAGUGAGAAAAUUGAUUUAACAGUCAGUGGACGAACGGAAGAUAGGCAAGACGAUGAUGAUAAAGACUCUACACAAGAGCAAGUUUAUGUUCAAGAUAAAGAUGAAUCGAUGAAACAACCGUCAGAAUUUACAAUUCCAUUCAAAAAACCUAAUACAGUGGGAGUAGAUGAUGUAAAAUACGAUAGUACCGACGAGGAAGUAAUGAAGAAAGAUAUAGUUAAGGUGAUCCAAAAUAUUAACGGGGCAGGACUUUACAGUAUGGACCAUUCUAAUUCACACUCACAUAUGAAAAAUGGAAUGUCCGAAAAACCAAUGAAAAUUUUCAAUUCGGAUUCUAUAGAAUCUGAUCAUGUUGAUAUCCAUUCCCAGUUAAACAAUGGUGAGUCUCAUAUCAAUUUCAAAAGUCAACAGUUGUCUAAUAAACCACUUAGACUAUUUGGGUAUAAUCCUUUUUCAACAGUAGGGUCGACCUACGAUAUGGAUAUCAAACCUCAACCAAUACUCGGGAAUGUUCAUGGAAGUUACUUCUACGGUGAUGAUGCAGUGAAAAAUGUUCCUACUUAUGAUGCAAAUCCCAUGUACAGUUAUUAUCCUCCUGUUUAUCAAUAUCCUGGUUUAUCAAGUGGAGGAUAUAAAGGAGGACUUUCAAAAUACAACUCAGCUGCAUCUCAACAACUUUAUUACUAUGACCCAAAUUCAAUGUUAAUGAUACCAAUUUAUCCAAAUACUAUUAAUGGACAAACAGGAGGUUACCAACAGUUUAUGGACAAUGGGAUCAAUACUAAACCCCAGCCAUCAGCCACACAGUUAGAUAUGCCAAACAAGAAGGGAUUUAACUUAAUGCAAAUAUUGAAUGGAGGCACUUAUUAUAAGAGUGCAAUAGAACAAGCGGAAGGAUCACAGACAACAAUGGUAAAAGACAUGCCAGCUACACAAGAAUCAAAUAAACAAGAACCAAUCAAAACAGAUAAGCCAAAAGCUCCUUCUGAUGAUGAUAAAUCAAAACCAGUUCAAACAUUAAUGUUGUACUUAAGUCCAAAUGAUUCUCCAUUGGAUCUAAAGAAAUUGUCUACUAGUCCGAUACAGUUAAUGGUAAGCCAACAGCCACUACAAAAUAAUUGUUCACCUAAAAAUAAAACUCCAGUUGUAAAAGAAAAACCAUUACCACUGCCCAUACCGCUAUGUUCUGAUUGUGUUCCAGCACUAGGAUUAAUAGGAUUACCAAACACUAAAGCACCAAUUGCAGUCCAAACAAAAAUAUCAGCAGCUUCUCCUACUACUACUACUCCACAACCUCAAAUAAUGCCCAUAUGGAAUGGACAAAAUACUUCAAAAUUUAAUUAUCUUAUCUUACCUAAUCCAAUAACUAAAUAAGGUUAUAUAAAUUAUGUAUAAAAUAUAUGAGAUGAUAGUAUAUUUGUGUUAAUAUAGUCUAAUUUAAAAUAAUCAUACCUAAUCUUAAAAUAAAGAACUUAGAUAUGUAUAAUUAUCGAUA